UUAUAAGCUUGAAUUUAACUCCAACGAAACUUUAAAUUCUAACUUCUCUCGAUUAAGCAAAAUUGUGGUCGACAAAAGCUGUGACAUUUUUUAAAAGCCAACACUACCUGAGCCGAUUGGAGUUUUAACGAAACAAGAGAGGACAGCGACUGGAAGAUUUAACAAGAGAAGAAGAGGCCGUACAUAGAAGAGAGAAGAGAUUGAAGAUCGGCGAGGCGGAAAUUGAGAGAGAUGGAAAAGGAGGAGAUUGAGGACUGCCGUGCCUCCCCGGGUUCAGACCAUCCACAGAAGUCAGCCACACUUCCAAUCCACAGCUCAACUUUUCAGGUGUUUAAUCUGGGAUUACAGAGGCAGAUGGCUAGAUCAACGGGGAACAAUAAUGCCAACUUGUUAAGAUUGGUAGAAGAGAGAGCAUUGUCCAAGAAGGUUGAGGAACAUGAAAAGAAACAAGAAAUUGGAGUCCCUUAUUUUCAUAAAGACUGUAUCUGGAAUAUCCUUAUUCGACUUCCUCUUCAAUCACUUUCAAGUGCAAGGUUUGUUUGCAAACCAUGGUACGGCAUUGUAAACAGUGCCAAUUUCAUCAACGCACAUUUUCAUGUCUCUGAAUCUGUUUUGAUCUUUCUGAAAGCGGUUGAAAGUUUGCCUAUGAAAUUGGCUCGACCAGAACAACCAAAUACUUUUUCGGUUGAAGCAAGUUUACUCCAGCAUAAGUCUUUUUCUAUUUUUGAUCAUCCAAUUAAAAAUAGCACAUCAAAAUUCUCUAUCCAGUUCAUGGACUUUAAAGAAGGAAAGAGCAAGUCAGAAGAGUAUAAAGUGAGUUGCUUGGGCAACAUUAGAGCAACAUGUAAUGGUCUUAUUUUGCUUGACAACCAGCUGAAGAAAGGAGGACUGGUGGUGAUGAAUCCUGUGACGAGAAAGAUGGUUGCACUUCCUGUAGGUACCAUAUAUCCUCCCCAUGACGAAUCCUACGGAUUUGCUCUCAGUGAAGCUACUGGUGAAUACAAAGUGGUGCACUUGUUUCGAGAUAGUUUGAGAUAUAUCAGUUGUGAGAUUUUAAAUCUUGGUACACAGCAUUGGAAAGAGGUGAAUGGACCUUCUUUUGGUCUCUUUGGUUGGUUUGGAUACAGACCUGUUUCAGCUAUCGGGGCUUUGCAUUGGAUUCCUAAAAUUGAUCGCAGUGAUUACAUAGUGUCUAUGGAAGUAGACAAUGAGAAGUUCCACACAAUAGCCCUCCCAACAGAAAGUAGAACUUAUGAUAGGAUACUUGAGAAGGGUGGUUUCCUCUGUUUUGUUACACAUAAAGGAUUAAACAUUGAUAUUUGGGUCUUGAAGAGUUUAUCUGGAGAUGUCUGGACAAAACAUCAUAGUAUCACAAAAGGAGGUAUAAUUGAUAUGGUUCCACUUUUCAGUUUAAGAAUCAGUGGGGAUAUGAUUUUCAUGAGGGAUGAAGAUGGCUCGUUUUACACGUAUGACUUCAUACUUGAAGUGAUGACGAAGGUUAAAACCAAACAGGGGUGCCUCCCGCCAUCUGGUUCCUACUUUCCUCAUGUUAACAGCCUUAUCUCAUGGGAAAAAAAGUCUGGAUGUUUGUGAUUGAUUUGCCUCUUUCAGGAAGAGAAUGAUGCGUAUAUUCCAUGAAAUAAGAAUGUCUCAGUCACUCCUGUGAUUUCUCUUUGCUUUUUUUUGGUUGCGAGUCUUCUAUGUACUUAUACUCAUGUGGUCAGAAAGAAUUGCUUAAAUAUUAUGCAGGUGAGUAAUGUUAUAAUCAUUGUCUGUAUGUAUUUUUUGUGUGUUAAAUCAUUGGUCAUAAUAUUAAACUAUGCUUUGUGAAAUAAAAUGUCGAGGGAAUUAUUAACUCA